AUGCCGUUCAUAUCAGACGAGCACGCAGAUAAGAAGAUCAAGGUUUAUAUUGAUCGCGGCGGUACAUUCUGCGACUGUAUAGGUAUAGUUCCUGGGCGAGAGGAUAUUGUUAUCAAACUUCUAUCUGUCGACCCGACGAACUACGAUGAUGCUCCAACUGAAGGAAUCAGACGGCUCUUGGAGAUCGCGACAGGAGAAGCAAUCCCAAGAGGGCAGAAACUCGACACGUCAAAAAUAGAGUCUAUCCGCAUGGGAACGACGGUGGCUACCAAUGCUCUCCUUGAGCGUAAAGGAGAGAGGAGCGCCCUGCUGAUAACCAAGGGAUUGGGCGAGCUGAUGAAAAUCGGGCACCAGACUCGUCCUCAUCUUUUUGACUUAGAUAUCAAAAAGGCCGACGUGCUUUACACCGAGUCUGUCGAGGUGGAUGAGCGUGUUACUGUGGACGUGGAAUUGGCUGAGAAUAAGCAUAUCGGAACAACAGUGAAGGGCCUCAGCGGUGAUACAAUCCGUAUUUUGAAACCUCUUGAUGAGAAAGAAGUCACAGACGCCCUCCUGAACCUCUAUAACAAGGACUUUCGAUCAAUAGCUGUGUGUUUGGCACACUCUUAUACCUAUCCGGACCAUGAACUUCGCAUUGCAGAAAUAGCAAGAGAAAUUGGCUUCACACAUAUAUCGCUAUCCUCCCAGUUGACGCCGAUGAUCAAACUGGUCCCGCGAGGCAUGUCAGCAACGGCAGAUGCAUACUUGACACCCACAGUGAAAAGUUAUAUCAGUAGCUUCAGUGAGGGAUUCGAGGGCGGCUUGGCUUCCACAAAAGAUCUCCAAUGCCAAUUUAUGCAGUCUGAUGGUGGCCUUGUCGCAUUCGAUCGUUUCUCUGGUCUCCGUGCCAUUCUGUCUGGCCCUGCAGGUGGUGUUGUUGGGUACGCCAGAACAAGUUUUGAUCGAGAGCAGAGCACCCCGGUCAUCGGAUUUGACAUGGGUGGCACAAGUACCGAUGUCUCGCGAUAUGCAGGCCGAUACGAACAUGUGUUUGAAACUACGACUGCCGGUGUCACCAUCCAGUCGCCACAGCUGGAUAUCAACACUGUGGCUGCGGGUGGUGGUUCCAUCCUGUUUUGGAAAAAUGGUCUCUUCAAAGUCGGACCAGAGAGUGCUGGUGCUCACCCCGGUCCUGCAUGCUAUCGUAAGGGAGGCCCAUUAACUAUCACGGACGCAAACCUCUUUUUAGGCAGACUAUUGCCAAGUUACUUUCCCAAGAUAUUUGGUCCGACCGAAGACCAGCCUCUGGAUACGGAAAUUGUAGCAUCCAAAUUUGCUGAGCUAACCGAGCAGGUCAAUAAAGAGUCUGGGAAUAGCUUUUCGCCCGAGGAAGUUGCUAUAGGCUUUCUUAACGUUGCCAACGAAGGCAUGUGUCGACCCAUCCGUUCUUUGACUGAAGGCCGUGGCUUUGACACUCGAAACCACCAUCUUGCAGUCUUUGGUGGCGCUGGUGGUCAACAUGCCUGCUCUAUAGCGCGGAAUCUACGAAUCAACACCGUGAUUAUCCACAAAUACUCUUCAAUUCUCUCCGCAUAUGGCAUGGCGCUAGCCGAAGUUGUACAUGAAGCACAGGAGCCCAGUUCGAGUGUUUUCACAGCGGAGUCUCUUCCACUCCUUAGAGAGCGACUAUCACACCUCAAGGAGAAGGUCAAGGAGGAACUGCUUGAACAACAAUUCAAAGAGCACAACCUGCGGUAUGAGCGCUACCUUAACAUGCGCUACCAAGGCACAGAUACUUCAUUGAUGAUUAUGGAACCUGACGAUGGCGAUUUCGAAGCUGCAUUCCUGGCUCACCAUUUGCGAGAGUUUACUUUCACAGUCCCCGGUCGUCCCAUUCUGGUAGAUGACAUACGCGUCCGGGGAAUAGCAACGGAUGACAGGAAUAUCGCUGAAUUAAAGCUUAUGAGUCAGCUAAAAGAGGCCAAAGAGCAAGCAAUCACACAGGAUAAUUUCAAGCCCAAAGACUGGGAGGAAGUUUAUUUUGAAGAGACCAAGAGAGUCAAAACCCCAAUCUAUCUAUUGAAUGAGCUUCCCAAAAAGUCUGUCGUCCAGGGCCCAGCUAUUAUCUUAGACCAAACACAAACGAUUGUAAUUCUGCCAAACUCUGUUGCAACGAUCCUCGACCAACAUGUCAUUAUUGAGAUUGGGAGUACAGUCACCCAAGAAGUCCAAACUGACAUUAUCGACCCCGUGCAACUAUCCGUCUUUGGACAUCGGUUUAUGAGCAUCGCGGAGCAAAUGGGUCGUACUUUGCAAAAGACAAGUGUCAGCUUGAACAUCAAAGAGCGCCUUGACUUUAGCUGUGCCAUUUUUGGCCCAGAUGGUGGACUUGUUGCUAAUGCACCGCAUGUACCUGUUCAUCUUGGCUCGAUGCAGAACUGUGUACGGUACUUGCAUGAAGUGAACUUUGGUAAGCUGAAGCCUGGAGAUGUAUUGGUGUCUAAUCAUCCCGAGGCUGGCGGAACACAUUUACCUGAUAUUACUGUCGUCACGCCCGUUUUUGAUGAUGAAGGAAAAGAAAUUAUUUUCUACACUGCCUCUCGUGGCCAUCAUCGCGAUAUCGGUGGCCUAGGUGGAAUUUCCGGAAACCCCAAUGCUACCUAUCUUGAGCAGGAGGGUGCCUUAUUCAAGUCCUUCCUAUUAGCAUCUGGUGGCCGGUUUGAUGAGGAGGGCAUCACGAAAAUCUUAGUCCAUGACCCAGCUCAAUACCCUGACUGCGUCGGCUCCAACAGUAUCAGUGACAACCUCUCUGACCUGAAAGCUCAAAUUGCUGCUAAUCAUAAAGGCUCAACUCUCAUCCAAGAGCUAUUUGUCGAAUAUGGCACACAUGUGGUACAACGGUACAUGGCCGCCAUUCAAUAUACCGCAGAAGUUGCAGUGCGCACAUAUUUGAAAAAAGUCGCCAAAGAACGCCCGGAACCUCUCAAGGCGAUCGAGUAUCUCGACGAUGGAACCGAGAUUCAUCUCGAGAUCCGCAUCGAUGGAGAAACUGGAAGUGCGGACUUUGACUUCACAGGCACACACCCUGAAACAUACGGAAACCGAAAUGCGCCUGCAAGUCUAGUCUACUCAGCUAUCAUAUACGCCUUGCGCGCAAUGAUAAGAGAGGAGAUACCCCUAAAUCAGGGAUGCUUGGCCCCGAUUAAUAUCAUUAUUCCCAAAAACACUGUCCUGUCGCCUUCCUGCGGCGCUGCAGUUUACACUGGCAACUCUUUGACCAGCCAGCGGGUAACGGAUAUUGUUUUCAAGGCAUUCCAAACUUGCGCUGCAAGCCAAGGUUGUAUGAAUAGCGUUCAAAUGUACGGUGGUGAAAAGGCUAAGCCCGGUGAACCCUUUGCUGGCUUCACUUUUAUGUAUGGAGAAACGAUAUGUGGUGGAAGCGGAGCUGGGCCGACCUGGAAUGGUGUUUCAGCAGUACACACAAACAUGACGAAUACCCGUGUGUCAGAUCUCGAAAUCCUCGAAAAACGAUACCCCAUUCUGGUUAAGCAAUUCUCUAUUCGUCAUGGCUCAGGCGGUACUGGCCUUCACCCUGGAGGAAAUGGUGCUAUUCGAGCUUUUGAGGCACGAGCCGCUAUGACAUUUUCUCUCAGUUCUGAACGUCGAGUUCACAGACCAUAUGGCAUGGCUGGUGGUGGACCAGGCAUGAGUGGACGCAACCUCGCGUUGCUAAAGCUGCCAGAUGGAAGUGAUCGAUGGGUGAAUGUCGGUGGAAAGGGAAUAGUGCAGUUGAAAUGUGGUGAGCAGCUGUGGGUGAAUACGCCUGGUGGUGGUGCCUGGGGUGCCGUUUCAGAAGAUGAAGCGCAGAACAAGAAUGGUGUCAGUCAACAAUUGCCUCAGUACUGGAGAGGAACAGGAAGUUUGCAUCAGUAUGCUGCCACACAAAAUGAGGGUUGA